UUUGUGUUGCCACUGCGCAGGCGUAAAUGUGGUCACCUGUGUUGUGAAGAUGGCGCUGAGCAAGACCUUUGGCCAGAAGCCGGUGAAGUUUCAGUUGGAAGAGAAUGGCGAGUACUUUAUGAUCGGCUCUGAGGUAGGAAACUACCUGCGCAUGUUCAGAGGCUCAUUGUAUAAGAGGUACCCUUCUCUGUGCAGACGACUAGCUACAGUCGAAGAGCGAAAGAAAAUUGUUGCAUCAUCACAUGAUCACGGUUACACUACAUUAGCUACAAGUGUGACUCUCCUUAAAGCUUCUGAAGUUGAAGAGAUUUUGGAAGGCAAUGACGAAAAGUACAAGGCAGUGUCCAUCAGCACAGAACCUCCCACCUACCUCAGGGAACAGAAAGCAAAACGGAAUAAUCAGUGGGUGCCAACUCUACCCAACAGCUCCCACCAUUUGGAUGCAGUACCAUGUUCCACCACUAUCAACAGAAAUCGUCUGGGGAGAGACAAGAAGAGAACCUUCCCUCUCUGGGUACAGAAUGCUGAUGAUAUCCCAAGUACUGAGCAGGAGGAGUCAUUGGACACUAUUGUGGGAGGGUAUCCUAACACUAUGCAGAUGUUACCCCAUUUACCUGGCUGCCUAGGGCAACAGAACUCUGCUUUGCAGGAAUAUUCUAGCUAUGGCAGGCCUGCUGGGGUUGGUGGCAGUAACACUUGCCACCUUAUCUCCAAGUAA